CCGAUGCUGAUCUUUGGCCAGACUCCGCGGCUCAUAACAGUGUGAGCCAUCGUCCUGGUCUAUCGCGGCUAGAUUUUGCUCCUCGGUUUUCGGUGUCUCGUGUGUGGGUCUUUCUGGAUUCUGUCCACUUUUUUGUGUGUGCGCUGGUGUUAAGAGUAGUUGUUUCCUGAUCCCGGGCUGUGUCGUCAACCGUCGUCGUUCGAAUACUCCAGAAAGGACAAGGCCAUAAGAUGAACAUACUGGUAAUAUCGUUCCUGGCGCUGGCGUCACUGUCCACGUUCCCGGCGCCGUCGCUGGGAACGCCGGCCUCGGCCGCCGCCGCAGACGUGUCCGAUCCGAAGAAAUCGCUGGCCGCGGCCGCCGUCGCCCCCAUCAACAACAACGGCCUGAAGGAGGUCUGGCAGGAGGACGAACACGAGGUGCUGAUCCGGAACGAGCGGGGCACCAAGAACGGCGGAGGCGCCGGAACCGCUGGUAAGAAAGACCGCAAAAAAGACAAAACCCAGUCCUCGUCCUCUUCACCAUCAUCAUCUUCAUCACCACAAUCCUCGUCCGCGGGGGGUGCCAGCAAUGGCCACCAGAAAUACAACAAACAACAAAACACUAAACCCAAACCGUCUGACCGACAGCAGGCACAGAACUCGCAGUGCCGUUACACCAAGGGCCCGUGGACCGAGUGCGACGCCAAGUCCAACACGCGCUCCCGGACGCUGUCGCUGAAAAAGGGCGAGCAGUCCUGCGUGCAGACCCGCACCAUCCAGAAGAAGUGCAAAAAAGCCUGCCGCUACGACAAGGGCGCCUGGUCCGAGUGCGCCCCGAACGGCCAGAUGUCCCGCACCGAUAGCCUAAAGUCGAGCAGCGACGCCACCUGCCAGACGUCCCGAGUGGUCAACAAGAACUGCAAUCAGGGCAAGUCGAAAGACAAACAGAACAAGCCCGCCAAGGCCGAGAAGAAGGAGAAAGUGCGCAAGUGGAAGCGAAGACUUGCCAAGUUGUACAACAAACAGCGGAACGCAACCGGAUCGCAACGAUAGUGUUUGGUGGCACCCCGUGUCCACAUCGCUCGGUGUGGGUUUAAACAUAGGUAUCCGCAAGAACCGUCAGUAAGUGAUGUAAGCGCCAGCGUUUCUUUUAAUAAGUCAUCAUUCAUCACCAUUUGCAAUGCAGAGAGAAGCACACGUACAGACACAGACACACAUACAUUAAUCAUCGAACACAUGCACUCCAGCCGCGCCACGCCGCAUUGAAAUGAGUUUCAUCCCGAGAAUUGCCAAAUAAUUGCAAAAAUCAUUGACAAAAAAACAGCUGAAAGAGGCAGAAAACAACAAGAAAAAAAAAUGUCGAACUUAACUUAUCACAAACAGCCGAAACUUAAUUGAAGAUUAGCCGAACAAAACCAACACAAUGAAGCGAAUACACAAACACACUCUCACGAACAACAGAACAGAAUCACAAAAUCCAUUUAUUCGUUUUAACAACUGACAUUUGUAAAGUAAGUAAACUUAACAAGUUUAUGGGUAAAAAGAGGAAGGAAGAAAAAUAAAAGAAGAAGAAACAAAAACAGCAGAAGGAGAAGCCGGAAAUAACUUACGUGUUAAAUAAAAUUAAAUAUAGCUAUUAAAAAAAGGAAAAGAAAAAACUUUAUAUAAAAUAGUGAGUCAGCGCAGAAUAAAAUAGAACGCGAUCAAAAAAACAGCAGAAGAAUCCGUGAGGCGUGUGCGUUGUAGUGAGUAAAAUCAAAAUCAAACUUCUAGCCGAGAGCAAAUCAACGACAGAAAUCUAAAACACUCUAAAACUGCAACAGCUAUCAAAACAAGAACAAACAAAAAAAAGAUGCCGUUUUCGAACUGGAAAGCGCAAAGUUUUCGCUGGAAAAGAGCCAACUUUCGCAACUCUCGAGUUGAGGAAGAACUAGAUGAGCAAAAACUGUAACCAUUUCUUGAAUUAAUUCCAUUACCUAAUUAGAGUAGAGACAAAACAAAGCAACACAGAAGAAAAGAAUCUGCAGCAGUUUGCAAAGCCAAGUUAUAGAGAAAUUGUAAAAUUUUACUAUAGUAAUGUGUCUACCCCCCAGCAUCACCGAUAAAAAAUAAGAGCGCGAGAAGGCGAGAAGAGAACAAUAGCAUCACUUUUAAGUUCUACGCUUGAUAGGUCCGCGAAACAAGCAGAAAAAAACUCUAAUCAGAAUAAUCCCCAUUGAGAUGUAGAUGUCCUCUUUAGCGUCGAAAGCAAGCAAAAAUAUCAAGAAAAAAAAUCCCAUUCAUUCCCUGCUGCGCGCAACUCAGCUCUUGUAUGUUUGAUGUUCAACGUUAAGAUUACUUAUUUAAAAAUGCACAAACCAAACAGCAACACAAACGAAUUGGUGCGAAACCCCUUUUCGCAAACGUUGUGUGUGGGUGUACAAUAGAGUCCGAAAUCAGCGCCAAAAUUACAGAAAUAAAAACAAACGUAAAAAUAGAUAAUCUAUUGGGAAAGCAAACAGCAAAAUCUAACAAAAACAACAGAAAGAAAAACAGCGAACAGAACACAAACAGGCAAAGUAAAACGAUGUAAGAGAGCAAAAAAGGGGAAAGAAGCAAACAGUAAAACUAGAUAAAUAUUUAUGAAAAACAAAACAAGAAACACAAAAGAAAAAAGUGGUAAAGCUGACACAAACAUAUACACACAUAUUCUUAGUAUUAUUACUGUAUUAAAAAUUUGUCUUUCUCUCCGCGCUAUAGAAACGAAGGGUAUACAUUCUUGAACAAUUCUAAAGAAAACACACACACAGAAAUCGAUGGCGACUUUUAGAACAUUAAACAGUAAAAAACGAGUGUGAUUUUGUGUGUAGAGGAGAACGAUAAAAAAAUUCCAACUAAACAAAAUUUGAGCACACACUCUUCAAGUUUUGGUUAAGUCUUUCUUCGUUCAAAUGUUUGAAGUUGUGAGUUUUAUCGGUUGCAUUUGGCUUUCGUUUUGGCUAACAAAUUUUACACAAAAAAAAUCAAUAAUUUGGUUCGGUUCAAAAAUGACAGUCCAGCGCAAAUCCAGUGUGGUGGAGGCGCCGUUCUGGGCAAGUUUCGUACACGGUUUGGUUCAGCUCAUUCAACAACAUAUACAAUAACUGUAGAUUUAAAAAUAUCAAAUUUCUUAAUAAAACAUAUUCUUUUGUGAUAUGUUGUA